AUGAGUUUCAUUAACCUAGAAUAACUUGAUCAAGAUAACUCACUAAUCGACUACCAUAACACAAUCAACGAAACCCUUGAUUCCUUAGCAAAUACUAUUCAAGUCCUCCAAAACCCCUAAAUCUGUUUUGUUUCAGACACUAAUAUUGCACAACUCUACUUGUAGUAGAUAUGCUAAAAAUUUCCAUAAGCAAUAACAUUCACAUUACCAGGAGGAGAAGGAGCUAAAAAUCUACAUUUUGCGAAUGAAUUGGCAGAAUAUUUGUUUAGCAAAAGAUUUUGUAGAUAAGAUUUAGUGAUCGCAAUUGGAGGAGGAGUGGUGACUGAUUUGGUUGGAUUCGUGUCUAGCAUAUAUAUGAGAGGAAUUAAAUUCAUUUUGAUUCCCACAUCGUUGUUGGGAAUGGCAGAUGCUAGUGUUGGAGGAAAGACAGGUAUCAACAACAUCUACGGUAAGAAUCAACUAGGAGUGAUAAAUGAUCCUUAUAGAAUCAAAGUGUGUAGCUAAUUUUUGCAAUCAUUAGAUAAAAGAAAUUUUCUGAAUGGUUUGGCAGAGAUCAUCAAAAUAGCAGCUUGUUUUGAUCGAAAAUUAUUUGAGAGAUUGGAAUGUUAUGAUUACAAUUACUUGAUGGACCCAAAUAACUAAUCCAGUCUAUUGGAUAUCAUUAAAUAUGGAAUCAAUCUAAAGUUAAGUAUUGUAACAGAAGAUAAAUAUGAGCAAAAUAUUCGCAAAAUUUUAAAUUAUGGUCACACCAUUGGUCAUGCAGUUGAAUUUGCAAGUCAAGGCAAAUUAUUGCAUGGUGAAUGUGUCUCUAUUGGCAUGGUUUUGGCAAAUAUAUUGGCUAAAGAGCAUGGGAUUGACACCUCAUCCUAUGAGAAUAGAAUCAGGAAUGUUCUUUUGAAAUACGAAUUACCUAUUGAAAUCCCAGAGUAUGUCAAUAUAUAAGAUGUGCUAAAAUAUUUAUAGUUUGAUAAAAAAGUAUUCAAACAUGAAAUCAACUUUGUAUUUAUAUAAGAAAUUGGCAAACAUAAAUUUAAUACUACACCUGUCAAUAUGGAUAUCAUUAAAAAAAUACUUGUUAAAUCCUGUGUUAUAAAAUGUUCAGACAUCAGACCUAGCAAACCCAUACAUGGAUCGAAAAGUAUCACUAAUAGAGUGCUCUUGUUAAGUUCCCUAUCAGAAGGUAUAAGCUCAUUGAAUAAUUUCUAUGAUUCUGAUGAUACAAAGGCUAUGUUGAAUUCCUUGUAAGAAUUAAGAUUGUGCGAAAUUCAAACACAUUCUAAACAUAAUCUCAUUCUCGAAGGAUGCUAGGGGCAAUUUUAUUAAAAGGAAUACACCAUAAAUGUCAAGGAAAGUGGUACUUGUGCCAGAUUUCUACUUCCUAUUGCAGCCUUAAUUGGGAAUGUGACCAUCAUAGGUGCUCAAAGAAUUUAUGAAAGACCAAUUUAAGAGAUGGUGGAAGCACUUAAUUUAAAUGUCAAAUAUUUAGAAAAGGAAGGCCAAUUACCUUUUAAAGUUAUCGAUGGUAAACUUGGUAAACACAUCAAAAUCAAGUCUUAACUUAGUAGUCAAUUUGUUUCUGGAAUCUUGAUGGCUGCUCCUUACUUCCCAAAUGAUGAAACCCUGAUUGAAAUUAUUGAUUGCAAAGAGAAUGAAACCAUCGUUAGUGAAUCCUAUAUUGAAAUGACUAUACAACUUAUGAAUAUUUAUGGAGUAAAGGUAGAGAGAAUCUCAAAAACCAAGUUUUUAGUCAAAAAGGGAAUAUAUAAAGCCCAAACAUACGAUAUUGAACCAGAUGCAACAGCAUUGAGUUAUGAUUUAUUACAUAUCGGACUAAAUGGUGGAUCAAUCGAAACCAAAAAGAUAUCCAAAUUAUAGGGAGAUGCACAAUUCUUAGAUGUUAUAGAGUAGAUGGGCAUGUAAGUAGUGAGAGAAUAAGGAUUUUACAAAAUAAUAAAGAAUUAAGACCUAAAACCUCAAGAUGUCGAUUGCAUCAAUUUUAGCGACACUUUUAUUUCUUUAGCCUUGUUAAUGUCCUCUAUUGAAGGUUAAUGUAUUAUCAAAGGAAUUGAAAAUUAAAGAGUGAAGGAAUGUGAUAGAAUUAAGGCUGUCACUGAAAAUCUAGUUAAGGUUGGUGUGGUUUGUUUAUCACAAAAUAAUGAGAUUUUAAUCAGAGGCAAAAGAUAUCAAAAGUACAAUGGCUAUAGAAAGGAUGUUAUAAUCAAUACAUACAAUGAUCAUAGGAUUGCAAUGGCUUUUAGUAUUUUAGGAGGACAUUUUGAAAAAGUGCAAUAUUAAUAUAGAAUUAUAAUAGAUAAUAAGGAUUGUGUAAGGAAGACAUUCCCUGAUUUCUAUAAUCAUAUUCAAAGUUUAGGUUUGAAUUAAUAGGCCUUGACUUAUAACUAAGAAUAAGAAUUCUUAUACAAUUACCAAUAUUAUAAGGAACCAUUGUACAUAAUUGGCAUGAGAGGAGCAGGUAAAAGCACUCUGUCUUAAUACAUAUGCUAAUAAUUAGGGUUCGAUUACAUUAGCAUUGAUAAUAUGAUAUCUAAUAAUGUCAAUGAAUUCAUCACAAAGUUUGGAUGGGAACAAUUUAGAAAAUGUGAAAAGGAAUAAUUUAUACAGAUAUUAUUGAAAUAUUAGAAGAAUGUAGUGGUUGAUUGUGGAGGUGGAAUCAUUGAGGAUGAACAAAUAUAGUAAUUAUUGAUUGGCAAAAAUGUCAUAUGGAUUGAAAAGGAUAUCAAUGAAUUAAUUGAAGAUUUACAAUCUUAAAAUAGACCAUCAAUUGGAAAUAUCAUGGAGAUUUAUAAUAGGAGAAAACCAAUCUAUUAGAGAGUCAGUAAAUACAUUUUUACAUUACCAAGUAGGAAAUAUAUUUAAUAGAUAACAUCCAAUUAUGAUAUUACUAGGUAUUAUCAAAGAAUAAAUGAGUUAUAUUUGAAUUUUAUCAAAGGCAUAUAACAUUUGAAUUUUCCAAGGAAUAAAAUAUAUGUUCAAGACACUAAUUUUGCUUGCAUUUUUUACGAGGAAUUAACUAUUGUAGAUCAUCAGAAGAUUCAUUUUAUAAAUAGAAAUCACAAUUUAUUGGAGGUAAGGAUGGAUAAGAUAGAUAACAUUUAAGAGUAAUUUGAUAAAAUUAGACAAUAAAUUUAUAACAUCAAAUUUUACCUUGAAAUUCCAAUAAUAUUUACUUUGAGAACAAAAGCACAAGGUGGAUUCUAUACUGGAACAUCAUAUGUUAAGUUAAUAGAGUAAUGGUAAAAUAGCUUUAUUGGAGAUUAUUUUGAUAUAGAGAUGGAUUAAUAUAAUAAUGUUAUGAUUACAUAACAUUAUUACAAUUCUAUCAUUCUAUCGUAACAUUUAUUUGAGAAAACAGAAAAACUGUAGAUCAUUGAAUUUAUAGAGAGGAUGAAAUACAUCUCAGAGCACAAUCCUAAUACAAUUUGCUUGUUAAAGCUGGCAAUUAAUUAGGAUGCUUAUCCAUCAGAACUUACCUAUUAAGAAAUUUCUAAGCUAUUCAUGGGAAUGAAAUUUGUUAUUCCCUACUUAGUUGUAUCAAUGGGACCAAAUUCAUAAUUGUACAGAACUCUAAACAAAUUUAUGGUUCCUUUGUCUUGUUUGACUCCUACUGCAGUUGGUCAAGGCACUAUACAGCAAUUAAGAUCCAUCAGAAGCUUAGCCGAUUUUGUGAUAACUCAAAACUAUCAUAUCUUUGGUGAUGAUUUAUCCUUAUCCAGAAGCGAUUUGCUUCAUUAACGAAAUUUUGACCAACUAAAUCAAUAACACAACAAAUUCUAUACUAAAGUCUCCAUCAAGAAAAUUGAAUAGGCAAAAUCGUAUAUUAAUGAUAUUAAUUUCUAAGGAGCCUCAAUUACAAUGCCAUUUAAGGAAGAAAUUCAAUAAUACUUGACAGAAUAAUCAAUAGAAGCUCAGAUUAUUGGAGCUGUGAAUUGUAUUAUAAAAUAUGAGAAUUAAGUGAUUGGAUUUAAUACUGAUUGGUGGGGGAUGUUUUGGCCAAUAUUUAAAAGAUUUCCAAAGAAUAUGCAAAAAUGUUUAAUUUUGGGGAAUGGUGGUACUGCAAAGACUGCUAUUUUUGUUGCUGCAAAAUUAUUUUUACUAUAAGUUUAUCUAUAUGGGAGAGAUCCUUAAAAAGUAGAAACCUUAGCCAAGUAGUAAAAGGUCGAAUUUAUGAGACAGGCUGAAAAGACUCAUAAAUUUGAUUUGAUCAUUUCGACUAUACCUCCAGGAGCCGAGUUGCCAUUAUGCGAGGAAUGGUUUGAUGAAAAAACUAUCGUGUUUGUGGCUAAUUAAGCUGAUGAUCCUUUAUUAAAGAAACCAAAUUCAAUAAGUGGGAGAGAAAUGUUUGAAGCAUAGGCUAUAGGACAAGUACAUCUGUUCAAUGGAAAGUGA